AUGAAAUCUGCGGCGUUAUUGAGUGAUAAUUUAAAUAGUCGUCCAUCGUUAUUGGGUCCUGCACCAGGUCAAACUGUGUCUUCCUUUCUCCCAUUACCCGAUCCUCCUUUACCUUAUGCACAAAUCGUUCGACAACAAGCCGCUCAAUUAUUAUCAACACCACCAAUCAAAAUUCCCCAACCGCAUCAACAACCGUCGAAUGUAGCUCAACCGAAAUCUCAACGACGUUUCUCCUGUCCCGUAUGUAAAACAGAGCAUAAUAAUCAAAAACAAUUCAAUACACAUCUAAACAGUUUACAGCAUCAUCAGGCACAAAGUAUAAACGACGUUCUACAGUCGGUUCCUCUCGAAUAUCGUCAGUCUUAUUCAACGUUAUUAUCUCCCGAUAAUUUAAGUAAAAAAGUUUAUAAUAGAGAAUUAAGAUGCGAUAGUUUAUUCAAACAAGUUAAACAACCAUUAUUAGGUUUGGAAUAUAUAAUUGAAUUUCAAUUUGAGAAUAUUUUGGAUAAUCCAUUGUAUGUUUGUGAUUUAUGUCAAUGUAAAUGUUUCUAUUCAAAUGUCCUGCAACAUGUACUCAGUAUACAACAUCAAAAAAAAUUUAUGAAGAUUCAUUAUAGUGAAAUGUAUGAUCGUGUUAGCAGUGCAUCAACAAUUCGUUGUGAACAACAGCGUAUAUGUGAGAAUUUUGGUCGAAAUAUUGAAUCAAGACAUGGUCGAGGUGAUGUAAAAUUGAACAUUCAACUCGAUACAUUUCUUAAUCAACGACCAAUUGUUUUAAAUAUUACCCAUAAGAAAAAGAAAGGUGCCGGUUUUCAUAUUCAGUUUAUACCAAGAAUAUUUGAAGAUUAUGAUUAUGCAUUUGAACAAAUAGAAUCACUACAAGACACCAGUAAUACACCAUGGUCACAAGUUGAUGAUUAUAAGUCAACAUCACAAUCAAAACAUCUAGAACCGUACAUAUCUCCACCUGUCAAUAGUAAUUCAAAUGCCCCUCGUGGUAUGACAGAAGAAGAUUUGUUAUAUCCAUUUGAUCGGCAAUAUUGGUAUCAAAAUUACAAUGAUGUUUUACUCUCAAGACCCAUCGAUCCUCACUCGGUUACAUACCAAGAAUUACCUCCACCAUCACUAACGAAUGGAUUACAAGCAUUUAGAGGUGUGCUGGAACAACUAUCUGCCGUGCCAAAUCAGGAUACUACUUCCACCGACCAUGAUAUAUCUCCAUCUCAUUUAAUACUAUCAAAUAGUCAAACAACUCGUUCAAAUGGUGGGAUCUUAUCUAAUCGUCGUGUUAUUCUUGACAAAGCCAAAAAUUCUCCACCCAAAGAAGCCACGCCUCCUGUAACUGUCAACAAAUUAAUAUCAAUUCCUUCUGUUAAAUCAAAAAAAAAACAAGUAUUCGAUGGUUAUUCUCUAUUAAACAACUUAAAUCAAGAAUCGGCUCAAGCACUUUUGGCAUCUCUCAAUUCUGAUGAUGAAGAAGACGAAGACAAUGAUAUUAUGGAGACAACAGCCAUUAAAAAACCGAAACAAAUUGAAGAUUAUCAACAAACCACAAUGUCAUCAACGAGCGAAAAUGACUAUGCUCAAGAUCGAUCAGAGUAUGAAUCAGAAGAUGUUGUUGCUUCACCUUCCACAAUUACUAGCAAA